AGUUAUCCACAUUUUUAAAUUCAUCAUUCUCCAAUUCCCCACUUCAUUAAACAUAUAUCUAUUAUAUCCUACAAAUUCUCUUCUGGAAGGAGAAUUACGCGCAAACUGUCAUUCUUUAUAAAAUAAUAAUUCUUUAUAACAUUGUUUAAAGAAGUAUUAAUAAAUUAAUUUGACAUUUCAAAUUUUUUACCUUCCGACUUUUUACCUUUCAACUUUUUACAAAUAAUUUCAAUUAAAAGAUCCAUUCAUCAUGCAGAAACGAAGUGCCAAAUAUGCUCUUGAGCGAUUUGAAAACCCAAAAGUUUAUAACCCUUACAUCUUUCAUCGUCCAUUUAUGUUCCGUUGGAAAGGUUCGGUUAUUCCAAAAGUCUUACCACAAUCGCUCCUUGUAACCAUAUUAUCGGCUAUCAUUACUUACCUUUACGAAGAAACACAAAUAAAUCUUGGAAUGAAACAAACAUUUAUCACAGUACUUGGUUUAGUAGUGAGUUUAUUACUUGCGUAUAGAACAAAUACAGCGUAUGAUAGAUAUUGGGAAGGUCUUGGAACUUGGUCGAGAAUGGUUGGUGCUAUUAGAAAUAUGACACGCUGUAUUUGGGUAAACGUUAACGCUGAAGAUUCUGAGAAAGUUAUAGACGAUAAAAAAAGAGCAGAACAUUUGGCAGAAAAGAAAACCGCUAUAAACCUUCUUUUAGGUUUCGCCAUUGCUACAAAACAUUAUCUACGUGAAGAGCCAGUAAAAUUUGAUGAUAUUAAACCAUUUAUCUCAAAUAGUGAUAGUAAUUCUCCUGGAGUUCAAGUUUUAGUUGGUAGCGGAGAAGAUUAUUUUCCUGAAACUGGUAGUAAUAGUAGUACAAGCACUUUUGGCGGAAAGUUUAUAAAGAGUCUCAAAAAUCUUUUACCUACAUUUAAAUCAGAAAGCAAAGUUAAUCAUAAUUUACCUUACGAACUUACUUUAUAUAUUUCAUCAUAUAUUCAUAGUUUACAUGUCAAGAAAACAACAGAUGAUGCAACAAUUAGUAAUUUAUAUUCUAAUUUAAAUUGUUUAACUGAAUGUUUAACAUCCUUCGAAAGAAUUUUACGUUCCCCAAUUCCUUUAGCCUAUGCAAUUCACUUAACUCAAGUAACUUGGAUUUAUUGCCUAAGUUUACCUUUUCAAUUAUUGGAAGAUCUUGGAUGGUUAACUAUUCCCGUUACAUUCCUUAUUACAAUGACAUUAUUUGGGGUUGAAAAAAUUGCCGGUGAAAUUGAGAAUCCAUUCGGGUGGGAUGAAAAUGAUUUAGGUUUAGAUGAUUUUUGUGGUUUAUUAAAUCGUGAAUUAAGUCAUGUAACUUCUGAACCAAUUCCACCUAUAAAUGAAUGGAUUUACACAAAAGAAAAUCUUCCUUUCGAAACAGUAAAUAUUAAUGCCAUUCCAGCUCGUAAUUUACAGGAAAUAUUUAAUUCGAAUACCAGUGAAUCUGUUGAAAAAAAUGUUGAAAAUUAUAAAAAUGAUGAAAAUCAGAAUGAUCAUAAUAAUGAUAAUAAUGAUACUGUUAUUAAAAUGGAAUAAUAAUAUUAAUUAAUAGAAUCAUGUAUUAUUUAAUUAUUUCUUUUUAUUAUAGUUAAUUAAAUUUC